AUGUAUGCUAAAAUCAUUCAAACCAUCGAAAACACCUAUCAAAUUAAGAAACCUCGACUCCCAAUAGACACCAUCACCAAGAUACUCAAUAUCAUCCAAGACGUAUCAACUACAGUUAUCAGUCGUGAUAAAGGUGUUAUACAACUUCUCGAUCUCUCGAUCUCCCAGCACAUGAAAACCGGUUCGUCAAAUCUAUCAUCCAACUGA